AUGACAACCAUAAAGCUCCUCAUUAUUGGAUGGCUGUGGCUUUGCCUGUUGGCUGAUGGGGGAUCAGCAGAUGAAUCGCUGGACACACGCGAAGGCGUCGAUGUGGUGCUCAAGUGCCGUUUCACCGAGCAUUAUGAUUCAACUGAUUUCACCUUCUACUGGGCCCGCUGGACCUGCUGCCCCACAUUGUUCGAGAACGUCGCCAUUGGCGAUGUGCAGCUCAACUCGAAUUAUCGACUUGACUUUCGACCGGGUCGCGGCAUUUACGAUCUGCAAAUUAAGAACACCUCGUACAAUCGGGACAAUGGACGCUUUGAGUGCCGCAUCAAGGCCAAAGGCACCGGGGCCGAUGUGCAUCAGGAGUUCUACAAUGUAACGGUGCUGACGGCACCACAUCCGCCAAUGGUGACGCCCGGCAACAUUGCGGUCGCCACCGAGGAGAAACCACUCGAGUUGACCUGCAGCAGCAUCGGUGGCUCACCGGAUCCGAUGAUAACCUGGUUCCGGGAGGGUAGCAAAGUGCCGUUGCAGUCGUAUGCGCUGAAGGGCGGCUCCAAGAACCACUACACAAAUGCCACACUGCAGAUACUUCCCAGGCGGGCCGACGAUGGUGCCAAGUACAUAUGCGUCGUUUGGAAUCGUGCCAUGCCCGAGGGUCAUACGCUCGAGACCAGCGUUGCUCUAAAUGUCAACUAUUAUCCACGCGUUGAGGUUGGGCCACAGAACCCACUGCGCAUUGAACGCGAUCACAUUGCCAAACUGGAUUGUCGGGUGGACGCCAAACCGAUGGUGUCCAAUGUUCGCUGGUCACGCAACGGACAAUAUGUGAGUGCCACCCCAAGUCACACGAUCUAUCGUGUGAGUCGCCAUCAUGCCGGCAAGUACACCUGCAGUGCCGACAAUGGACUGGGCAAAACCGGUGAAAAGGACAUCAUAUUGGAUGUGCUAUAUGCACCGAUUGUUACCAUCGAGUCGAAGACCCACGAGGCCGAGGAAGGUGAAACCGUUUUGGUGCGUUGCAAUGUGACAGCAAAUCCAUCACCAAUUGCAAUUGAGUGGCUCAAAGAGGGUGCACCCGAUUUUCGUUAUGCGGGUGAACAACUUACCCUGGUCUCGGUGCGGGCCGAGCAUGCUGGAAACUAUAUUUGCCGCUCGGUGAAUCUGAUGCAACCGUAUAACUCAAAGCGUUUAGAGGGUGUUGGCAACUCGACCGUUGCACUGCUGGUCCGUCAUCGUCCCGGCCAGGCGUACAUUUCGCCAAAUAAGCCGGUAGUGCAUGUGGGCAAUGGCGUUACACUCAGUUGUUCCGCAAAUCCACCGGGCUGGCCAGUGCCACAAUAUCGCUGGUUUCGCGACAUGGACGGUGAGUUGAGCAACACGCAGAAGAUACUCGCUCAAGGGCCGCAGUACUCCAUACCGAAGGCGCAUCUGGGUAGCGAGGGUCGCUAUCAUUGUCAUGCCGUCAAUGAGCUGGGCAUCGGUAAGAUGGCCACCAUUGUGCUGGAGGUGCAUCAGCCGCCACAGUUCCUGGCCAAGUUGCAGCAGCACAUGACUCGACGUGUUGGCGAUGUCGACUAUGCUGUGACGUGUAGUGCCAAAGCGAAACCCACGCCACAAAUACGCUGGAUCAAGGAUGGUACGGAAAUAUUGCCAUCCCGUAAACUCUACGAGAUACGCACCACGCCCACAGAUGCGGGCGGUGGUGUGGUGACCGUACAAAGUAUUCUACGCUUCCGUGGCAAGGCGCGUCCAAAUGGAAAUCAACUGUUGCCCGGCGAUCGAGGACUCUUCACGUGUCUCUACGAGAACGAUGUGAACUCGGCAAACUCAUCGAUGCAUCUUCGUAUCGAACACGAACCGAUUGUCCUCCAUCAAUACAAUAAGGUUGCCUACGAUAUGCGUGAAUCGGCUGAGGUUAUUUGCAAGGUGCAAGCCUAUCCCAAGCCAGAGUUUCAAUGGCAAUUCAGCAGUAAUCCCUCCCCACUCACCAUGUCCUCGGAUGGCCACUACGAGAUCAGCACACGCAUGGAGAACAAUGAUAUCUAUACAUCGAUCCUACGCAUUGCACAUCUGCAGCACUCCGACUAUGGAGAGUACACCUGUCGUGCCGUCAAUCCCUUGGACACCAUACGCACCCAGAUACGUCUGCAGCCGAAGGGCGCACCAGAGAAACCAAAUGCUUUAAAGGUACUCGAGGUGGCUCACAACUAUGCAGUGCUCAGUUGGCAGCCGGGCUUCAAUGGCGGUCUGCUAAACACCAAAUAUUUGGUCAGCUAUCGACGGGUGGCAACGCCACGUGAACAACUGCUAUCGGAUUGCUCUGGCUUGGCUUAUUCAUCAGUCAAUAGCUAUCAGCUGAGCAGCUCGGGACAGGGUGGUGCUCACGAGUGGAUUGAGUUCAAUUGCUUUCGCGAGAAUCCCUGCAAGCUGGCCCCACUCGAUCAGCAUCAGAGCUACAUGUUCAAGGUCUAUGCACUGAAUGCCAAAGGCACAUCGGGCUACUCCAACGAGAUACUGGCCACAACCAAAGUGAGCAAAAUACCACCGCCACUCCACGUCAGCUACGAUCCCAAUUCGCAUGUGCUGGGCAUCAAUGUGGCCGCCACUUGUCUCUCUCUGAUUGCCGUUGUUGAGUCGCUGGUUACUCGAGAUGCCACAGUGCCCAUGUGGGAAAUUGUGGAGACUCUAACGCUGCUGCCAUCGGGCAGUGAAACGACCUUUAAGGAGGCCGUCAUCAAUCAGAUUGCACGCACUGCUCACUACACCACAGCGACCACGUCGGGAAGGAACUUAGCUCCUGGCAGUGGACAGCUUGGAGAGGAUCGCACAAUGGCACUGGCAGAAACUGCGGGCCCUGGACCGGUGGUACGGGUCAAGCUAUGUCUACUCGCGAAUCAUGAGCAUUGCGGUGCCUACGCCAAUGCCGAAAUUGGCAAGUCCUACAUGCCGCACAGCUCCUCGCUGACCACAUCCGCUUUGGUGGCCAUCAUCAUCGCGGCACUCUCAUUCCUUGUGCUUGUCGCAGUGCUCUACGCAUUCUGCCGCUGCCGCCGCACGCAUGCGGCCAAGAAGCAGGCAGCUGCAGCGGCGACAACGACAGCAACGGCAACAGCAACAACAACAGCGACGACGACGACAACGCCAGCAGUGAUUCAAGGCGCCAAAGACUAUGAUGUGGAUGGAACGCUUAACGCUGCAACGGGAGAUGUCUCGCAGCAGCAGCAACAGCAACAGCAGCAGUUGCAACAAACAUCGCUGCCACCACCACCGCCGCCAUAUUAUCCGACGGGAAGUUUGGACAGCAAGCAGCUGGAUGCUGGCAUGGAGCUGACUCUAACAGCACUUCACGAUCCCGAUGAGCAGUUGAACAUGCAGCAAAGCGAGAUGCACCAGCAACAGCAGCUGCAGCAACAACAGCAACAACAACAGUAUCCAAUGCAGGCCAAAUCCUCGCAAGGACUCUACCAACAGCCGCAUCCAAAUGGCUAUGGAUAUCAUGUGACAAGUGCCAUCGGCAUCGAUGGCGACAGCUAUCAAGUGCUGCCCUCCUCCGUCUCUGGACACCAUGGCGAGUCAGGACCACUUGAGGCGACACCAGUCCCAGCCAACAGCAGCCACCUACAACAAGCACGCGCCGCCAAACUAACGAAGCAGCCCACCAACAACACCAGCAACACGAACACCAGCAGCAACAACAACAACAUUAGCAACAACUCCACCUUGAAGCGUGGCAACCUUAGCAGGCAGCAACAGCAACAGCAACAGCAGCAGCAGGUGGUGACCGCAGCGACGGCAGGAACCACAACGGCACUGGCAACGACAAUUACAACAACAUCACGUAAUGCCAAAACCGCAACAACAACAACAACGCUAGCCAUCACAGGGUCGAACGGCAGCCAGGAGAAUAACUAUAGCAAUGCACGCGAUCUGUCGCAGGAGGCGCUGUGGCGCCUGCAACUAGCCGCCGCCCAAAGCCAACAGAUCUAUGUGGAACAGCGGCCGCCAUCGGCAUUCAGUGGCCUGAUGGACUACUCCGGCUAUCCGCACAUAACCACUGUGACCAGCUCGCUCAGCCAACAGAGUUUUGGACAGCAACAACCACCAUCGGCAUCUGCGCAACAACAGCAACAACAACAACAGCAACAACAACCGUUAACGCCGCACGAGAUGCUGCAGGCAGCUCAGCGUUAUGGAACGCUGCGCAAGGCUAAGCAGCCUCCGCUGCCGCCGCAGCGCAAGGAUCAACAACAACAGCAACAACAACAGCAACAGCAAUAA